AUGGACUCACCGCUUUAUUUGUUUUCCGCUAAACGCAAAGCUUCAACUGAAACUUCAUCUAAGGAAGGAUGCAAAAAACCAAGAUUUUCAAGUGGUAGCUUGCCAAAUUCACAUGUUAGUGUUGUAGAUGACAAAAAUCCGCUUGCCAUCUCAAAUGUCACAGAUUGUUCAGAGAGCAGAAAAUUUGGAAGCGUGACAAAGAAUAUUGAAGCCCUUAUGACCCAAAGAAUGCAAAUAUUGGGCCCUUACAUCCCAAAAUAUCCUAGACUUGCGAAUCAAUUAAUGAAAGUGGUGACAGAUCUUGAUGAAAAAACUCGCAACUCAGAAAAUAAAAAAGUUACUAGUAUGUCACAUCCAAAUGUCAUGGAUUUGGAUGGGGGGCACAUUGAAAAGGAUGCUUUGACACCAAGAAGAGAAAAGGAUGUUCCUGCAGCACCAACUGUUGUCAUCAUUGAUUCAGAUGAGGAAGAUGAUAGGGAUCAAAAGUGUUUUCUUCCAUUUCAAAAAGUUGUAUUGCCGAAACCAGAUCAGUCUCCUGCAUUAAAAAUGAUUGGCUAUCAUGCUCCCAUUGCUUGUCAUGGGGAAAAUGCAGAUCUAAAAUUUGAAACAAGUCCGCAUCCUAAAGAUAACACAUGGGAAGACGAAGAUGUUUAUGUUGAUGCACAUGAGGAAGAAGAUAUUAAAGUUGAUGCUGAAACAAGUCUCCCUCCUGAAGGUAACACAAGGAAAGUUAAAGGUGUUUAUGUUAAUGUACAGGAGGAAGAAGAUAACAGGGCUGAUGCCGAAACAAGUCUACCUCCUAAAGAUAACACAAGGAAAGAAAAAUGUGUUUAUGUUGGUGUACAUGAGGAAGAAGAUAAGAAGGCUGAUGCUGAAACAAGUCUGCCUCCUAAAGAUAACAGAAGCAAAUAUAAAUGUGUUUAUGUUGGUGUACAAGAGGAAGAAGAUACUAAGGCUGAUGCUGAAACAAGUCUGCCUCCUAAAGACAACGCAAGGAAAGAUAAAUGUGUUUAUCUUGGCGUACAUGAGGAAGAAGAUACUAAGGUUGAUGCUGAAACAAGUCUGCCUCCUAAAGACAACAGAAAAGAUAAAGGAUUUUAUGUUGGUGUACACGAGGAAGAAGAUAAAAAGGUUGAUGCUGAAGAUGAGAAGCUAGAAGAUACUUGGAGGGAGAUGUAUAUGGCAUUAGAAACUUCUAAAGAUGUUUCUGCAGAUCAUCUACUCGGAGAAGAAGAAGAAAAAGAUGCUGACUGUGAUCACUCUUUUGUUUUAAAAGAUGAUCUGGGUUAUGUUUGUCGCGUUUGUGGGGUUAUUGACAGAGGAAUUGAAACCAUAUUUGAGUUCCAAUACAAGGUUAAAAGGAGCACAAGAACUUACAUGUCUGAAUCCUGGAAUGCCAAAGCAAAAGAUGAUUUAUUUGAAGCUAAGAUUGCUGAAGAUGAUCUCAUGGUAACUGAAAUUUCAGCACAUCCUAGGCAUGCAAAUCUGAUGAAACUGCACCAAGUCGAAGGAUUCAAUUUUCUUGUCAGAAACCUGGUGGGGGACCAUCCUGGGGGAUGCAUUCUGGCUCAUGCUCCAGGAUCUGGAAAGACUUUCAUGAUUAUCAGUUUCAUACAGAGUUUUCUAGCAAAGUAUCCCAAUGCAAGGCCUCUAGUGGUGCUUCCUAAGGGAAUACUGUCGACUUGGAAAAAAGAAUUUCAGACAUGGCAAGUGGAAGAUGUACCACUCUAUGACUUUUACACUGUGAAGGCUGAAAGUAGAUCACAACAAUUGGAAGUCUUAAAACAAUGGGUGGAUCACAAGAGUAUCCUUUUCUUAGGAUACAGACAGUUCACUUCCAUUGUCUGUGAUGACUACAAUAACAAUGUAUCAAUAUCCUGCCAAGAGAUAUUGCUUAAGGUUCCCUCAAUUCUCAUUUUAGAUGAGGGACACACUCCCAGGAAUGAGAAUACUGAUACGGUACAGUCCCUUGCAAAAGUACAAACUCCAAGAAAAGUUGUACUGUCUGGAACUCUAUAUCAAAAUCAUGUCAAGGAGGUAUUCAACGUGCUGAACCUUGUUCGCCCAAAGUUUAAACUGAUGGAAACGUCCAAGCCUAUUAUCCGACGCAUUAAAAGUAGGAUCCAUCUACCUGGUGUGAAUGACUUUUGUGAUUUGGUUGAAAACACUUUGCAGAAGGACCCGGAUUUUAAAAGGAAAGCGGCUGUUAUACAUGAUUUGCGGGAGAUGACCAGUAAGGUACUGCACUACUAUAAAGGAGAUUUUCUUGAUGAGCUUCCUGGCCUAGUAGAUUUUACUGUGGUGCUCAAACUUACACCUAGACAGAUGCAUGAACUUGAUAAAGUAAAGAGGAUAUAUGGAAAGUUCAAGAUGGCUUCUGUAGGUAGUGCAGUAUAUCUGCACCCAAAAUUGAAACCAAUUGCAGAGAAAUGGGGUGAAAAUUCUAUAUCUGAUGAUAUAAUUGAUGAUCUAAUAGCAAAUCUAGAUGUGAGAGAUGGAGUUAAAUUAAAAUUCUUUCGCAAUAUGCUGAACCUAUGCGAAUCUGCUGGGGAGAAGCUUUUGGUGUUCAGUCAAUCUCUAUUGUCUUUAAAAUGUUUGGAACGAAUAGCUAUGAAAUGGAAAGGCUGGAGUGUUGGCAAAGAAAUUUUUGUAAUUUCAGGAAAAUCAUCUACUGAAGAAAGGGAGGUUUCCAUGGAAAAGUUUAACGGUUCGCCUGAGGCCAAAGUAUUUUUUGGGUCAAUUAAAGCAUGUGGUGAGGGUAUAUCGUUGGUUGGGGCAUCCCGUGUCAUCAUCUUGGAUGUGCAUCUCAACCCGUCUGUCACUCGUCAAGCUAUUGGCCGUGCUUUCCGGCCAGGUCAGAAAAGGAAAGUGUUUGUGUAUCGAUUGAUAGCUGCUGAUUCUCCAGAAGAGGAUGAUCACAAUACUUGUUUCAAGAAGGAGUUAAUUUCAAAAAUGUGGUUUGAAUGGAAUGAAUAUUAUGGUGACAGAGCUUUUGAAGUUGAGACAUUUGAUGUGAAGGAAUGUGGUGAUCUGUUUCUAGAAAGUCCAUUGUUAGGGGAAGAUGUAAAAGCUCUGCAUAAAAGGUAA